CGCCACGGCUGCCGCGCCAAAUCCGAACUACACAACCAACUGCUGCGAUUGUGAUGAUGGCGAACCACCGCAAACACACACUGCCAACACACACCAACACCCACACACACGCACACUCGCGCGCACACGCAUAGCAAACUACAUGCACACGCAGAGCACACGCAGCGACGCUACAUGCACAACUCACCAUGUGUCGGGGAACCAUGAGCCACAAUCACUUUGCACUGACACUCACUGAGUGAGUCGUGGACGUGCUUGCAUACGCUGUACCCUGUGGCUGCGCAGAGAUGAUGAGCGUCUUCAUGGACGCGCCAACACCAGCACGGGUCUCAACACCGACAACAGCACUGCUAUCAGGAGUCUCUGCACCGACAACACCAACAACAACGGCCACAGCACCAAUAACAGCGCCAACAACAACAACGGCCACAGCACCAGCACCAACAACAACGGCCACAGCACCAGCACCAACAGCACCGACAACCACCCCAACACGAACAACAGCGCCAGCAUCAAAACAGCGCAGCAUGACGACGAGAGUGGCGGCAAAGAGGACACGGCAUGCACUGCGGUGGUGGCGCGCUGUGACGGCAGCCUCUGCUCUCAUCGUGCUUGCUCUUGUCGUGAUCAGCAACGGGGACAAGAAUCACAACGGCGUGCGAGCCUUCCCCGUGGACGGCAGCAGCACAUCCGCACCACCGCCCACAACAACAGCCCUCCAGUUCACAACCACCGCCCCCGAGGAUGCGCAGGCCCUGGAGCUUCAACCACUGCCACUGGUCGUGAACGACAUUGUGGAGGACUCCCCGACGCUCGCAUUCUCCACCUGCCGUGGCAGCACCCUCGCCGUGCGCCUGGAGGCAACAUAUGACACCAUCUCCUCGGCAAGGGUGGAGCUGCGGGUGGACGGCACCAACACGCGCGUGUGGGAUGCCACGCGAAGCAUCGAUGAGGAGUUCUUCUCCGUUGACUUUGAGUUUGUCACGCCGCAGUCCGCAUCCGGGGAAGGGGUUUUCCCGUUGCAGUGGCGGUGCGGCCUCACCGUCGUCACGCAGAACAGAACCGUCCCGCUCUCCAUCUCCAUCACCGCCGACAGCGCGAGCGAGGACUGCACGUGCCCCAAGCUGCACCCGGAUGCCCUCAACAAUGCGACCACCGCACACGACGUGCAGCGCAUCGACGGAACGCAGCAGCAAGCGCUGGUGGCGUGCGGUGACCACGGCCGCUGGUUUCGCCUGCCGCAAUGCCAGACCGCAGGCGACCUCGUCACCAUUCGCGCCGCUGAGUCCGAACCGAACACCGAUGCCAUCAUCGACGUGUUUGCACUCAUAGGCACGGAGCAGGUUGGCCGCGGCGAAGGCACCCUCUCUGUCAACAUGUCCCGGCCGACGCAGCAAGGCCUGCUGGUGUUUGUGCGGAACCGCCUCAAGUUCAACGACAUGCUGUUUGACCUGACCGUCGACGCCACGUGCGCCCCUGUCGCCUCGGACAAACAGCCAACGCCAACCACCCUCACCAACUCUGCUGAUGACAGUGACGACGACGCUGCGAGCAGCGACACCGUGACGCAGGCGAAGAUUGCCGUGGUUGCCGGGGUGGGCUCGCUGGCGGGGCUGAGCAUCAUCUGCGCCUUUUUCAUGUGCUGCUGCAACUCGCCGCCACGCUGCUGCUAUCGCCUGUGCGGGUGGCGCGGCCUGCGUCGUCGCCGCACCUCCGGUAUGCUCCACGACUCCGACUCCGACAGCGACCGCGGUGGGCUGUGCUGCAUGUGCUGCGGCAGCCUGCGCAACAUCGACCAUGGCAGCGACAACGACGAUGACGAUGACGAUGACAUUGAUUUGUACGGGGAGAGGGGCGCGCAGCGGCGGCGCGGCGGAAGGCGGAGGAGGAGGCAGAGUCGCAGAGAGCGGGAUGUCCAGCGGCGCAACAGACGCAGACGCACGCGUGGUGGCAAUGGUGACGACGAUCAUGACGACGAUCAUGAUGAGAGCGAUGUCACGGACGGCAGCAGCAGCGAUCUUGACGAGGACGAACGCGAGCAUGCACGCCGCGAGAGGAGAAGGAGGCGGAGAAGACAAAGCAGACACCGGCGCAACCACAAUGAUGAUGAUGAUGACGAUGAUGAUGAUGAUGAUGGUGAUGAUGGUGAUGGUGAUGAUGGUGAUGGUGAUGGCGACGGCAGCAGAAGCAACGCUGAGGGUGACGAAGUUGAUGUUGAUGGUAUCGACGAUGAUGGUGAUAUUGAGGAUGACGAUGCACGUGGACGGAAACACGGCAGAGACAAGGUGCAGAAGAGGCAUGGAAAAGGUGGGAAAACAAAGAUACAGAGCAAGCAGCGUGCCGGUAAGACGAAACCUACAAUGAAAGCGGUCAAGGACCAAGACGUGGUGGGGUCGACAGCGUCCACAUCGCCCUCCGAAGAUGACGACGAUGAUGCUGCCGAUCUUGCAGAUGGUGGCAGCGGCAUUCGUGGCGGUAAGACUGGCAAGCACACGAAGGCAGCUGGCAAGACUGACCACCGUUCAUCACGAGAGCACCGUGGGCGCACACACAGAGGAGACAGGAAGGCACACACACGCACGCCUCACAGCGUCGGCAGUGAUGGUGGGAGUGGAAGCGCAGUGGGCGACACACGGCGUGGACGUGGCGGCAGCGGCUGCAGCAGCACGGCCGUCAGUGUUGGCGGUUCCACGGCAAGAGAUGAGCGCGGAGGAGGAAGAGGAGGACGAGGAAAGCAUCGGCCAACAACAACAGCAGCAGCAGUGGUGGUGGAAGCGCAGAGGAGGAUGAGCAGGAGGAGCUUCGAGGACGUGGCAGCCUCAUUGAAAGCGUGA